GUUUUUAUACCCGCCUCCCUCUCCCAGAGCUCUCCACUAAACCCCAUCAAUGGCGUCCUCCCUCCUCUGCGCCGGCGCCGCCUCCUUCUCCCUCGUAACAAAUCGCUCUCCCCUCCGCCGCCUCUCACCGGAGCUCCGAUCGCCGCCGCUCCGUCUCAUCGGGAAGAGGCUGAGGGUUAGGGCAGCGGAAACCGAUGCCACCAACGAAGAUGAACGUACUGCUCCAGAGAAGGCACCUGCGGGCUCCGGCGGCUCGAGCUUCAACCAGCUCCUCGGCAUAAAGGGCGCGGCACGGGAGACGGAUAUAUGGAAGAUUCGACUUCAACUAACCAAACCUGUCACCUGGCCUCCAUUAGUAUGGGGAGUGGUAUGCGGCGCUGCAGCAUCUGGAAAUUUUCAUUGGAGUGUUGAAGACGUAGCUAAAUCUAUUGUUUGCAUGGUAAUGUCUGGCCCAUUUCUUACAGGAUACGCACAGACUCUUAAUGAUUGGUACGACCGUGAUAUUGAUGCAAUUAAUGAGCCUUAUCGUCCCAUUCCGUCAGGAGCAAUAUCAGAGAACGAGGUUGUAAUCCAGAUUUGGUUGUUGCUAUUUGGAGGCCUUGGAUUGGGAGCUUUAUUAGAUAUUUGGGCAGGGCACAAGUUUCCUAUUGUUUUUUACCUAGCUUUGGGGGGAUCCUUUGUUUCUUACAUAUAUUCAGCGCCACCUCUAAAGCUUAAGCAAAAUGGAUGGAUCGGAAAUUUUGCAUUAGGUGCUAGCUACAUCAGUUUGCCAUGGUGGGCGGGUCAAGCUUUGUUUGGAACUCUUAAUCCCGACAUCAUCGUCCUCACACUUCUCUAUAGCAUAGCUGGGCUCGGAAUUGCCAUUGUAAAUGAUUUUAAAAGCAUCGAAGGUGACGACACUUUGGGAAUGCAGUCUCUUCCGGUUGUUUUUGGCAUUGAUACAGCCAAAUGGAUAUGUGUUGGAGCAAUUGACAUUACUCAGAUAACCAUUGCAGGCUACCUGCUUGGUGCCGGUAAACCAUUUUAUGCAUUAGCCUUGCUUGGGCUGAUACUUCCACAGGUGUUUUUUCAGUUCCAGUUUUUCUUGGAGGACCCCGUGAAGUAUGAUGUCAAAUAUCAGGCUACCGCACAACCCUUCUUUGUUUUGGGUCUCUUGGUAACAGCCUUGGCUACUAGUCACUGAGCAAUACACAACCCACAUAAACAAGUUAGCAUAAUUGAUUUGGAUUUAACCUUCGAGGCAUUAAUUCCUCUUCAUAUACAGCGUAUGUGGGGGUAAUUAAUUUAUUCGCAUGCACCAAAGGAAGUUGGAGCACUACGAAUCGCUUGAUUCAGACCUCUUAUGGGUUGUUCUAAUUUGUUUACAUCCUCUUUCCCCAUAUUACUCGUAUGAGGGUUGAUAUAUUUAGAACAACUGAUACUGCGACAGCAAACACAAUGUAUCUGGCAAUGAUUUUAAAACUUUUUCGCUCUGACAAUUGUUAUCAAUUCCCCCCACCUAUUGCUUUAUUGGAUA